UUGUAAUAUAUGUUUUUUUUGUUGCAUUUUUCACAUGUUGUGCAGCUAUUUUAUAGAUAAUAAUGAAAUUAACACUUUUAUGUGAAUCUUAUAGACAAAAAGGAUUCCAUUAGAGCCUCCUCUACAACUGAGAAUCACAAGCAGCAUUAAAAAGGAAAGCAAAUCAAGCCAGCAAUCAGAUCUUUUCCACUUUCUCCAGAGAACUCCAAAACUCUUCUUCCCCAGCAGGUGACAGACGAGGGAGAAUAAAACAAGAGAGUUUUUGAGCUGGAAAAAACUGAUUAUGUGGAACUCAAAUAUUACAUGAAAAGGUCAAGGGGGAUGAUUUCCAAAUUCAGAAAAAGAGAGAAAUACCUGGAAGUCAGUGGGGAGGAAGAGGUCACUUGGAUAGCCCCGUAGGGCAGACAGUAACGCAAGCCUCACCCUGUGGGGAAGGAAACAAUAGCUUCAAUCAAAGCACCACCAAACAAGGGAUCAGAAAUAGUUUUGAUCUCUUCAAGAAUCCAAGAAUAUCAGUGGUGGAAAAGCCCCACAGAGGUGUAUAUCCUGGGAAAAGCACAGAUUACAGGUCACAGCUGAUUAUGCAUGAGAGCACCCACACCGGCGAGGAGGCCUACCAGUGUUCUCAGCGAAGCAAAAGCUUUAGCAAGCACGCCACCCUGGUGAAUCACCAGAGGACUCACACAGGAGAGAAACCGUAUGAGUGUCCAGAUUGUGGGAAAAGUUUUAGUUUGAAUUCCAGCCUGGUGAAACACCAGAGGACUCACACAGGAGAGAAACCGUAUGAGUGUGCAGAUUGUGGGAAAAGUUUCAGUCAGAAUUCCGGACUGGUGAGACACCAGAGGACGCACACAGGAGAGAAACCGUAUGAGUGUCCAGAUUGUGGGAAAAGUUUCAGUUGGAAGUCUGACCUGGUGAUACACCAGAGGACUCACACAGGAGAGAAACCGUAUGAGUGUCUGGAUUGUGGGAAAACUUUCAGUCGGAAUUCUGAACUGGUGAUACACCAUAGGAUUCAUACAGGCGAGAAACCGUAUGAGUGUCCAGAUUGUGGGAGAGGUUUCAGUCAGAAUUCAAACCUUGUGAUACACCAGAGGACUCACACAGGAGAGAAACCAUAUGAGUGCCCUGAUUGUGGGAAAAGUUUCACUCGGAAGUUCGAACUGGUGAUACACAAGAGGACUCACACAGGAGUGAAACCGUAUCAGUGUCCAGAAUGUGGAAAAAGGUUCAGUCGGAAAUCCAACCUAGUGAUACACCAGAGGAUUCACACAGGAGAGAAACGGUAUGAAUGUGUGGAUUGUGGGAAAAGUUUCAGUCAGAAUUCCCGCCUGGUGACACACCAGAGGAUUCACUCAGGAGAGAAACCAUAUGAGUGUCCAGAUUGUGGGAAAGAUUUCAGUUGGAAGUCAGACCUGGAGAAACACCAGAGGACUCACACAGGAGAGAAACCGUAUGAGUGUCCGGAUUGUGGGAAAGAUUUCAGUUGGAAGUCCAACCUGGUAAAACACCAGAGGACUCACACAGGAGAGAAACCGUAUGGGUGUCUGGAUUGUGGGAAAGAUUUCAGUUGGAAGUCCAACCUAGUGAUACACCAGAGGACUCACACAGGAAAGAAACCGUAUGAGUGUCCGGAUUGUGGGAAAACCUUUGUUCAGAAUUCCAGCCUGGUUAAACACCAGAACACACAAACAGGAAAGAAACCAUAUGAGUGUCCAGAUUGUGGGAAAAGGUUCAGUUGGAAUUCUCAGCUGUUGAUACACCAGAGGAGACACACAGGAGAGAAACCGUAUCAGUGUCCAGAUUGCGGGAAAAGUUUCAGUUUGAAGUCCAAUUUGGUAAUACACCAGAGGACUCACACAGGAAAUAAACCUUAUGAGUGUCUGGAUUGUGGCAAAAGGUUCAAUCGGAAUUCCCACAUGGUGAUACACAAGAGGACUCACAAAAGAAAGCAACUGUAUAAAUGUAUGGAUUGUGGGAAAGGUUUCAGUCAAAAUUCCUGCCUAGUGAAACACCAGAGGACUCACACAGGAGAGAAACCAUAUGAGUGUCCGGAUUGUGGGAAAAGUUUCAGUCAUAAUUCCAUCCUGGAGAACCACCAGAGGACUCAUACAGGAGAGAAAGCGUAUGAGUGUCCAGAUUGUGGGAAGAGAUUGAGUUUGAAGUCAAAUCUGGUGAAACACCAGAGGACUCACACAGGAGAGAAACCGUAUGAGUGUUCCGAUUGUGGGAAAGAUUUCAGUUGGAAGUCUGACCUGGUGAAACACCGGAGGAGUCACACAGGAGAAAAACCGUAUGAGUGUCCAGAUUGUGGGAAAGAUUUCAGUUGGAAGUCUGACUUGGUGAAACACCUUAGGACUCACACAGGGGAGAAACCAUACGAGUGUCCAGAUUGUGGGAAAGAUUUCAGUCUUAGCAAAUACGCCACCCUUGUGAAUCAUAAUAGGACUCACACCAGGGAGAAACCAUAUGAGUGUCCAGAUUGUGGGAAAAGUUUCAGUUGGAAGUCCAAACUGGUGAAACACCAGAGGAUUCACACAGGAGAGAAACCAUAUGAAUGUCCGGAUUGUGGGAAAAGUUUCAGUCAGAAUUCCCACCUGGUGAUACACCAGAGUACUCACACAGGAGAGAAACCGUAUGAGUGUCCGGAUUGUGGGAAACGUUUCAGUCAGAAUUCCAACCUUGUGAUACACCAGAGGACUCACACAGGAGAGAAACCGUAUGAAUGUCUGGAUUGUGGGAAAAAUUUCAUUCAGAGUUCCCACCUGGUGAUACACCAGAGAACUCACACAGGAGAGAAACCAUAUGAAUGUCCAGAUUGUGGAAAAAGUUUCAGUCGGAAAUCCGAAAUGGUGAAACACCAGAGGACUCACACAGGAGAGAAACCGUAUGAGUGUCCGGAUUGUGGGAAAAGUUUCUGUUUGAAGUCCAGCCUGGUGAUACACCAGAGGACUCACACAGGAGAGAAACCGUAUGAGUGUUUGGAUUGUGGGAAAAGUUUCUGUUUGAAGUCCAACCUGGUGAUACAUCAGAGGACUCACACAGGAGAGAAACCGUAUGAGUGUCCGGAUUGUGGGAAAAGUUUCAGUUGGAAAUCUGAAAUGGUGAAACACCACAGGACUCACACAGGAGAAAAACCGUAUGUUUGUCUAGAUUGUGGGAAAAGUUUCUCCUUGAAGUCCAACCUGGUGAUACAUCAGAGGACUCACACUGGAGAGAAACCGUAUGAGUGUCUGGAUUGUGGGAAAAGUUUCAGUCAGAAAUCUGAACUGGUGCAACACCAGAGGACUCACACAGGAGAGAAACCAUAUAAGUGUCCAGAUUGUGGGAAAAGUUUCUGUUCGAAGUCUAACCUGGUUAUACAUCAGAGGACUCACACAGGAGAGAAACCAUUUGAGUGUCUCGAAUGUGGCAAAAGUUUCAGUCGGAAAUCCGAAAUGGUGAAACACCACAGGACUCACACAGGAGAAAAACCGUAUGUGUGUUUGGCUUGUGGGAAAAGUUUCUCCUUGAAGUCCAACCUGGUAAAACACCAGAGGAUUCACACAGGAGAGAAACCAUAUGAGUGUUCUGAUUGUGGGAAAAGUUUCAGUCGGAAAUCUGAACUGGUGAUACACCAGAGAACUCACACAGGAGAGAAACCAUAUGAGUGUCCCGAUUGUGGGAAAAAUUUCAAUCGGAAUUCCCACCUGGUGAUACACCAGAGGACUCACACAGGAGAGAAACCGUUUGAGUGUCCGGAUUGUGGGAAACGUUUCAGUGUGAAUUCCAACCUGGCCAUACACCAGAGGACUCACACAGGAGAGAAACCAUAUGAGUGUCUGGAUUGUGGGAAGCGUUUCAGUGUUAAUUCCAACCUGGUACUACAUCAGAGGACUCACACAGGAGAGAAACCGUAUGAGUGUCCAGAUUGUGGGAAAAAUUUCAGUCGGAAUUCCAGUCUUGUGAAACACCAGAGGACUCACACAGGAGAGAAACCAUACGAAUGUCCAGAUUGUGGGAAGAGUUUCAGUCAGAAUUCCUUCCUGGUGAUACACCGGAGGACUCACACAGGAGAGAAACUGUAUGAGUGUCUGGAUUGUGGGAAGAGUUUCAGUCAGAAUUCCUUCCUGGUGAUACACCAGAGGACUCACACAGGAGAGAAACCAUAUGAGUGUACAGAUUGUGGGAAGAGUUUCUUUUGGAAUUCCCACCUGGUGAUACACCAGAGGACUCACACAGGAGAAAAACCAUAUGAGUGUCCAGAUUGUGGGAAAGAUUUCAUUGCUAGAUCUAGCCUUCUCAAUCAUGUAGGUUUACACGUAGGAGAGAAACCAUUCAAAUGCCCAGACUGUGGACGGUGCUUCACAAACAAUUCCUGCCUUAGCAGACACAAGAAAAUGCACAUGGGGCUGGAAGUGCUGAGUGUAGAGAAGGCUUGAAUUUCACUUCUCAUCUCCCAUUGGACAUCCAGCUAAAAAGUUAAGUAUUUAAUUUCUGGCCUUAUUCUUUUUAGUCAAACAUGUCUCAGUAUUAGAGAUGAUGGAGGAGAGAAAAAAAUGGAAAAUAAUAGUUUGAGAAAGGCAAAUACACGUAUCUUGCUACCAGCAGAAGUUCCUAGUAAGCUGCUGCAGGUCCUAAGGGAUACAUGAAAAAAAGAUCCGAGCGCUUAGAUUUUUUGAGAGAAUAUAUUAGGGAUGUUUGUGGCAGUGACAAAAGCCGUGUAAAGUUUUAGAUGGAAAGGCUCUUCUGCCUUGCAAUUGCACUUGAUAGAUAAUAGCUUCAGGAAUAUUGAGCUGAGGAGAAAAGGCAUUGUGGUUUUGAGUGUAGGAUCUUCAGGUUUAUGAACAGCCCCUGCUGUGACCUUGUUCUCUUGGAGGUGCCUGCUUGUUAGCCUUUGAUGGCUGUGGGUGACAGCAGCGGCAAGAGGCUGACCCUUUUGUUACAUCCCCUUUUGGUGGUGGAGAUGAGAGGAAAAAAUUGCACAGUGGAAGAUGUUUCAUUUCUAGAAAUGGAUUGUGUAAGAACCAAAAAGAAGGGAACACAGUUAACCAGACAAAAACAAGGUCGCAACAAGGUCAAGUAACAAUGUAAUCGGCCACAAAUUAUAUUAUAUAAUAUUGUUUACUUGUGUUGGAUGUA